GGGUUUAGGGUUUGGGGUUUUUGAGGUUUGAAUGAACAUGACCAAGUUUGGUUGUUUUCAUCAAAACCUCCACAAAAUUCAUUUUCAUGGUUUUGGUCAUAUCAACCAAUUGCCAGCAGAAAGAGGGCUUCUUGAACAAUCUUGUCUGAACCCAUUAAUAAUGCCGGGAGAUGAUCUUAAUGAGUGCGUUAAUGAUGGCUCUAGAGAUUAUUAUUUUACUAGUAUUAAUCCUGAUUCUAAUGAUGAUUACGAUCCCCAAGGCUGGCUUCAGCUCACCGUCGGCCUCCGCGGCACCGCCUCCACGAGCCGCCACGGAAGUGGCGGGACCCGCGUCGGAUUAGUGGAACUCGAUCUUCUCCCGCCGGGACCCAGUGGCGCUUCUACUACCACGGCGGAGGUCAGGACUCCGUUUCCCCCUUCCCCUCCUCCGCCUUCCGCCGUGGGUUGCAUUAGCGCCACGCCGCCGUAUAGCUUCUUGCAACAUCCGGCGCGGGCAUUUCGGCCCGCAAUUCCCUCGCAAGGAGUUGCCAGUGCGGGGUCGCCAUCGUCCUAUCCUGUUUUGUACUCGCCUCCGCUGCCGUUGGCCGGUUCUCGUUUCGCUCCUCGGCCGCCGGUAGAAAAUUCGUCGGUGGACACCCGCGGCGGAGCAUAUAACUUUAGAGUGAUUGAUCCUCCUAGACGACCACAUGCCGGUAUAUGGUUUUCCCUACAAGCAUCUAAAAUUCAAGCGAAAGAGCCUUAUUUGCCGCAGAUACCAAAGAGCUUCUUAAGAAUCAAAGAUGGAAGCAUGACGGUUCGAUUGGUGCUUAAGUAUCUGGCACAAAAGCUACACCUAAAUAACGAGUCAGAGGUAUUUUAUUUAGAGGCUAGUUCUAGAGCCACUGGAAUCCAGUGGCUACGAAAGUCACUGCCCCCCUAUGGAGCUUCGUUCAUGAAAUUGAUGAUUCCUACCCCCCGAUAAACCCCCCUGCCAAGUCUCGACCCAAACUACCCCCACCUACGUCAAUUGCAUCUCGCAAGUAUAAAGUCAAAAAUUUUGACUUAAAAUUCAAUUAUACUUGCAAGGUGCAAUUGACGUAGGUGGGGGAAUAG